CCGACCACAAGCGAAUGUCCUCCUUCGAGGAGGAGAGGGUGGUGCUCGCCGGGAACAUCCCAGAGCCCCCCACCCCGGCGGGCUACAAUGUGGAUGCGGAGGGGGAGCUGGUGGAUGAUGACCUGGAGGAUGAGGCAGUACUGCAUGAUGAGUGUGGGGAUGAAGAGGAGGAGGAGGAGGAGGAGGAGGAGGAGGAGGAAGAGGAGGAGAAGGAGGAGGCUGAGGAGGAGGAGGCUGAGGGUUAGGGGGAUGUGCUGCAGAAAACCCACUCACCCACCACCCACCACCAACCAUAACAAAUUUGAACCCCCACCAAACUCCCCUCCCUCAACCACACUGCACUCCUUCCCAUCUAGAAUUUCCAACCCUUCCUCUAAUGUUCUCCAAGCUCUGCUCCUCACACAAACUCCUCCCCCCAAACUGCCGCUUGC